CUUAUUUUUGUCGUUUGUGUAUGUUACAAGCCAAGGGAAAGAGUGAGAGGUUUGCUGGUUUGAUCGUUAGUGUCCAACGACUAAAUAUAAGAAAUUAUUGUUUUAACUCUAUCAGUAAUAAAUCUUAUAUAUAGAUGCACCAAAUAUGGAGAACAAGCAAGAAAAUAUAGAAUCUGAGCCAACUGUCGAGCCAAAACAAGACGAACCAAAGUCAGUUGUAGUCAGCAAUAAAGAGAAGCGUAGUGGCAAAGAUGAAAAAUCCAGAAAGAAAGAGGAUAAAAGUAUAGAAUAUAUUUUAAAAAGUCUCAAUGGGCUGAAUACACCAGAAGAAAAACUUUUUGCAGUAUGCAAAAAAUACAAUGAAAUCGUUGAUGAGAAUCGUAAAUUACAAAUGAAUUUGAAGCAAAUGGAAAAAAAAAUUAUAAUGACUCAAAGAGAGAAAGAGCAAUGUCAAUCCGAAAAAAGUAAAGCUGUGUUAGCAAAGAGUCGAUUAGAAAAUUUAUGUCGAGAGUUGCAGAGGCAAAAUAAGGCAGUCAAAGAGGAAAGUUUAUUGAAAAUCAGAGAAGAGGAAGAAAAAAGAAAAGAAGUUUCUGCUAACUUCCAAAGUACACUGACAGAAAUCACAACAUUAUGGGCUGAAACAAAUGACAAAAAUGUCAAACUACAUGAAGAUAAUAUUGAAAUACACAAAAAGUUUAAGUCAGUAUUUGACGAAAUGGAUAUUAGGGAACAACAUUUUGAAAGUAUGCAUCAAGUUAUGAAACAAGAAUUGCAAGUAGCUGAUGCAAAACUUGCCAAAAUGAAUUUAGAAAUGACUGAGGAAAGAGAAAAUCUGCUAAAAGAGAAAAAUCUUCUUUUAUUAAAACUCACUGAAUAUCAAAAUAAAAUAAAGGAACUUCAUGCAGUUGAAUCAAACUUGCGAAGUCAAGUUCAAAUGUACACAGAAAAAUAUGAUGAAUUUCAGAAUGCUUUGAGUAAAAGCAAUGAAAUUUUUGGAGGAUUCAAUGCUGAAAUGGAAAAGAUGUCUAAAAAAAUAUUGAAGCUAGAAAAGGAUAACAAUAUGUGGAAAACACGCUGGGAAAACAGUCAUGCUGCACUAUUAGAAAUGGUGACUGACAAACAAACCAGAGAUGCCGAAAUUGUUCAGUUAAAUAAAAAAUGUCAACUUCUUCAAGAAUUGUGUAAAGCUUUUCAACAAGAAAGAGCAACUCUUUUAGUUGAAUUAAAAGAAAAAACUAUUGAUCCUUCUAUUGAGAACAUUGAAGCAGAGUCAACAUUAAAUGGAUUACCAGCUUUGAAUAAUGUAAAAGAUAAGACUAAUGAUGAAUAUCAAAUUGACAACAAGACUGAUGAAACUAUGUCAAAAGCAGAUGGAUCGUGUACUGAAAAUAAUAAAGAAAUCAAACCUUUGAGUAUAGAUUCAAAAGAAGCCAAUAAAAAUGGAACAGUUGAUACUGCUCUAGAAAUUGUAAAUAAUGAAAAUGAAAUUAAGCUAAUUGAAAUACCUGUUACAGAAGUAGUACAUUCUAUUAUUGAUGAAGUUAGUCAACAAAGUAAUUUAAAUAAUGAGAAUAAACCGGAUGCAAUACAAGUGCCUGUCGAAAUUCAAAAUGAGAGUGAAACUUCAAUAAAUGAGAUUCCAAAAUCAAAUUCAGAGCAGGUGACUGAAUCUUUGGAAGUAAAAAAUGAAGUUGUUAAAUUGUUGGAUAAAGAAAAAGCUACUGAAGUAUUAGUGGAAAAUGAGGCUUUGAAUGAUGAGAAGGAUAAAUCAGUUGUUCCUAACAUUGACAAUGAUUCAACAACAAAAAAUCAGAUUGAAAGUUGCAAUGCUUUAAUUUCUAAUGAAGAUAUUCAGAAUUCUGUAAGCCAUAAGAAACCAAAGGAUAGCAAAAAGAAGAAAAAAUAAUUGCUUUUUUGUCAAACUGCCUUUGAGAGUGGUAGAAAAAAGGAAAUUGAGAACCAAAAAAUCUUUACCCAGUAGAUCCCAACUGACCAUGUGUGAAUCUUUUAGUUGUAAGAACUUAUCACGAGUGAGAUAUUUAUAUGUAAGAUAAGUGUUCUUUUUUAUAAACACUAUUUAUGAGGUAACUCAUUAAUAUGGAUUUUUAAAUAUCUUGGAAUGUAGAAAUCAUCUUAAAGGUAGAUUUCUCUUAAAACUGGAGUUCCUGACUAUUUUUAAUUUUAUUAUAAUAGUCAUUAACAUGAAGUAUAAAAUAAUAUCUUUUCAUAGCAUACUCAUGUGAAACGAACAAAAAACAAUUUUUAAGGAUUAAUUCGAAAUAACUUGUCAUAACUUAAGACUUUUUUUUGAGUUUUUAUGUUGUAUUGUAAAAAUGCGAUGUUUGCUUUGUUAGACGUACUAUUUUUAAUACUCCGUAACGACUGUUCAUUCACAACUUAAGUGUUUUAGUAUUUUUAAAUUAACUGUUUAUUUGAAAUAUCAUUUUAUACAACUGACACCAUUUAUUUUGUUAUAUAUUCAUCUAAGAGAAAAUGCUUGUUCUUUAAAUAACAUUCUGCAGUUUAUUUUACUAAAUGUAUGCCAGUAUUUUUUUAAUAGACGAAGUUAUUCUCCAAAACAAGUGUGUAAGUGUGUUGAAAAAAAUGUACAUAUUUAUUAAAAAUAAAAUAAAUU